AAACACUGGAGUAAGUUGAUGUCGGUAAGUCAAACUGCACGUUAUGCGGUUACCCAGAUGAUCAUCCACGGAAUUGCUCUUACAUAGGCAUUGACCGGUUUCAAAAUGAAGUUGUGCGCGCAGGACAACAUCAUCUGGUCGCACCGUUCAUCCAAACGGUGCUUGUUUGUUUUUCCAGCCCAUUCUUAUUCCUUCAGUACCCAGGCACUUGAACUGCACGACUACGAGUCCUGGAUGCGUCCGGGGGAAACCCGGGAACUAUGUUGGUCAAUGAAGAAAACCCACUACUAUUGCGGAACUUUUAGGUGCAGUAACGUUGUAAACCUGCCGAUUCAGGACGUAGCUGAGCUCGGGCUUACUGAGAAGAACAUCGUCAAGCGGUCAAAAACGUAUGGCGUCUUCGAUCAGUUGAACACUGUUCUCUCCAAAGCGGACCUCCUUCGAGAUUUACAUCUUGACGGGACUUUGCUUGUGCGAUGUCAUGCAUUGGAGUACGUCGAUUGGAACAACCGAGUCAGCGACAUGUUUGCUCGAUUCGGAGAUCAUGCGGAUGCACCUGCAGUCAAAUCAAAGAAGAAAAAGAAGAACGGGCCCUCGAAGAAGAGCAAGCAGCAGUAACGAACGCGGGCAUGCGUGGCACUUCGGCCAUCUGUCUAAUCAAGCACGGACGCCUUGUCCUCUGUGAAAUGUCGCCAUAUCACUCGUCGAUCACUACUUUUGUCCUUGCCGUCGCAAUCAUGUUAUCAACUCGUAU